UGUUCUUGCCUUUGCGACAACAAUAUCAAUCCAGCUCGUCGUCAAAAUCCCCAGACCUGUCGUGUUCCCAGAUCCUCACCGGCCAUCUUUACUCGAUUUCUCCAAACUCUCAAGCCCGGCUUCCAUCGCCCAGCUACCGGCCACGCUAACACACCGUCUCCGCUCAUCCAUUCCCGAGUCUCACAGUGGUUUUCCCCCCGGGCCCGUGCAGAUCGGGUACGGCUCAGAUGACAUGCCUCCGAAACCGAAAUGUGAGUCGAUGAACUUGAUCCAAUUCCUUCAUUCAAAACAUCAUCCAGCCCUCCCAGCAUGAUCCCUUCAGUGUGUAUCUUGUGCCCGGUUAUAUAGUUUAUUUUCUCCAAAUUCCCGAGAGCAUCUUCAAACACAAAACAGACGGGCGGUGACUGCCCAGCCUCUCACUACCAAGUCACUACCUUGCAUACACCAACCUCACUCUUAUAAACAUACAAUCACCCCCCAUGAUGUACGGCACAAAUAGAGCGAGAAACCAAAAGGCCGAAACCAGCUACCGCGGGUACCAGCGUAGCAAUGCCGGCCCCCUAAACUACCAAACCAAGGUCCGCAUUACCGACCGCUACAAAGUCAUCGGCUUCAUCUCCUCCGGUACCUAUGGCCGGGUCUACAAAGCCACCGGCCGACAAGGCCAAACCGGGGAAUUCGCCAUCAAAAAGUUCAAGCCCGACAAGGAAGGUGAAGCCGUCGUCAACUACACGGGCAUCUCUCAGUCGGCGGUGCGUGAGAUGGCGUUAUGCUCCGAACUGCGAAACCACGCCAACGUUAUCCGGCUCAUCGAGAUUAUCCUGGAGGACAAGUGCAUCUUCAUGGUAUUCGAGUACGCAGAGCACGAUUUGUUGCAGAUCAUCCACCAUCACACGCAAACGCCACGACAUCCGAUCGCGCCAGGGACCAUCAAGUCGAUAAUGUACCAGCUGUUGCAGGGGGUGCAAUACUUACACACCAACUGGGUAUUACAUCGAGACUUGAAGCCGGCGAACAUCAUGGUUACUUCUUCCGGAGAAGUGAAGAUUGGCGAUCUCGGACUGGCCAGGGUUUUCAAGCAGCCCAUCCACAACCUCUACAUGGGCGAUAAAGUGGUCGUGACUAUAUGGUAUCGCGCGCCCGAGCUGCUGUUGGGGAGCAAGCAUUACACGACAGCUAUCGACCUGUGGGCGGUGGGAUGCAUCUUUGCGGAGCUGCUGAGUCUUCGGCCCAUCUUUAAGGGGGAGGAGGCCAAGAUGGAUAGCAAGAAGACGGUGCCGUUUCAGAAACAUCAGAUGCAGAAGAUUGUGGACGUAAUGGGCCUGCCGACGAGGGAGCGGUGGCCCUUGUUAGCCAGCAUGCCCGAGUAUAGCCAGUUGUCGACUUUACAGCCGCCCUUGCUGUCGACCAACACCUCCCACUCCCACGGCGGCGGCCACCACCCCUACGGCCAUCGCUCCCAGCAACAACCGCCCGCGUCGCAAAACACGCACGGAAACCUCCAGAAAUGGUACCACCAAACCACCGUCUCCACCCCUCUGACCUCGCUAGGAGCAGAAGGCUACAAACUCCUCGCCUCCCUCCUCGAAUACGACCCCGAGAAACGCUUGACGGCCGCCGACGCCCUCGUCCACCCCUUCUUCACCUCGCCCACCUCGACCCCGCUGGCUUCUCUCAAUAGCAACACGGCCAAUAGCACUUCUCAAGGAACAGGAGCAGCAGCAGUCAACUGGUCACCAACCAACUGCUUCGAAGGACUCAAAAACGAGACGUACCCGUGCAGACGCGUGUCGCAGGACGACAACGAUAUCGGCUUCGGCACCGGAACAGGCAACCAGAGUGGGUCGCGGGUGAACACGGCUGCGGCCGGGACGGGGACGGGGCUGGUGAUGGGACAAGCGCAGUCGCAGGUUCAGGCUAUGGGAGGUUCGUUGGGGAAUAUCGGCGGACAUGGACACGGACACGGACACGGACAGAUGGGCGGCGGCGGGAUGGGCCAAGGGAUGGGAGGGUUGGGUCAAGGACAUGGGGGGAUGGCGCAAAUGGCGGGGAUGAAAAGGAUGCAUGAUGCUGCUGCUGCUGCUGCUGCGGCGGCGGCGGCGGCGGUGCAGCAGAGUCAUCCGAAUAAGAGGAUGAAAGGGUCACAGGGAUAGGGAUACGGUCUUGGUAUUGAAAGACGCGGACGAAAUCCCACGCAACGCCUUGAGGGACAGCAGGGACAGCAGCAGCCAAACAAGCCGGGAAUGAGCUCGCGGCUUCGAGGAUAGCUGAACGGCGUCAUGGAAGGCAAGCCGGAUGGUCAGUAGCCAUUUGGACUGAUUGACCGAGCCUGAGAACGUUUGGCGGACAGAGACUGGGGCGGAAUCGAGUUAUACAGUGGACGUACCUGUCCAACCCACAUUCCUCAUCACUUGGCUCGAUUCCUGGGUACCAGUCUACCACCAUCUGACCACCCAGGAACAGGACAGACCUUGCAUCAACAAUAGCUCCAAUAAACAGUACAACUGCAGCGGCUUCACCACGAGUUCGCAAGCUCGAAAUUGCGCCGCAAAUGGUCCCACUACAAAAACAGGUCCAGCAACUACGACAAAUCACACAGGAAGCACUGCGAAUUCACAACGAGCGACGCAAGAUCCCCCCCCUCUGACAGCGAAACAGUGCCUGGUUCAAGCGCAGCAUCUCCAUAACCUACAGCGCCUUGCGUCGGAGAUGAACAAGCUAGCGGUAGCUGUGUUUCAUCCCGAGCACUUGAAACUGCUGCAAGCACACGACGACGGCGCACAAACACAUGGACAGCAUCAUCCGUUAGAACCAUUGGAUGAUCUUGAAUAGCAUGCCUUGGAGGGUGCUAGAUUCGCCGCCGGAACUUGUCCGGGUUUGUUUGGAGUUGCUGGGGUCACUGAGCAGGAGAUCCUGAAAGGGGAGGACAUGGACGUGUGAGGAUGGUUACAUGCUUGGGGGGUUGAUUGUGUAGAUGAAGCGAGGGAGACUAAAAUGUAGGUACCUACCUGACAUCGAUGCGAUCAGGACUUGAUGAAUAUGAGAACAGCGUGGACUAGAAGAACAUGGGAGGGAAUACGAGAACAGGAGUCACGAUAGAACCGGCGGGUAUCGACAUAUAGCGUACAAAUAUACCUCUAGACAUCAUGAAUCCACUUUACAAAAUCACACUCGAAGCACACAGAUCUCUUGGACCAUGAUGAAUACGUA